CUUCUGAAUAUUCUCCCAUUAUCUUAUCCAUUUCUUUAUUUGAAAUUUGAAUGCUUUCUUUGCUUAAGUUCAUCAAUUAGCUUUUUUGCACCUCUUGUAGAAAGUUGUCUUUUUCACAAUUCACAGUUUGUUUUUGGGUGAACUGAAUUUUUGUUUGAUGAUGUUUAUAUUGUGAGAUAUACAUCAAAUGGGGUGGAAGAGGUCUCAUGGAUGCCUUUUUGGAGUGGUGGUGAAAGCAAUGAUUUUGCUCUUGGAACAAGGCUAUGUGUAAUUUAGAGAAACAUUGCUCAUAUAUCAUGGUUCAACCAUGCUAAAAGUGCAUGUUGGGAGAGCUAUUGGCCCAUGCUUAAAUUACUUGGCAAACCAAGCAUUUCAUGAUUAUAAUCUUGCAACGACUACAAAUGUCACACCAUUACUCAGCCCUCUAAGUUUUUCUAGUCAACAAAGCAUUUCCGGUAUUGAAGGCCUGCGAAAAUGCUUUCGUUCCAAGCAAGUCAAUGGGCGAUCCAAAAGUGCUUCUUUCCCCCUGGACACUGUCACUAAGAGGUGGCUGUGCCAGUCUCUAGAUCCAGUAUCCUCAGAUGAUGAAUAUAAUUCAUCAACAAAAAUUGCUGUCAGCUUAUUUAAACGAUACCGAAAUGCGGUUGAUCGUGGUGGGACUGAUAAUCUGAAGGAGUUUAUUAAAGCUGGAGUAAAUGCAUAUGCAUUAGGUUGCACUGAUGAAAGUUUGAGGAAAGAGCUAAUCUGUAUGAUGGAAACUGGAAUCAAAAUAGAAGCAAUGAAAGACUAUGGGGGAAGCACCAGCCUAAAGUCCAAAAUAUUAUCUAAGGAAGUUGAUGAGUGCAUUCUAUGGCUGAGUAUUAUAUUCAUCACCAUCUUGUGUACACCACAACCAACAAUAGUUAGAUGGUCCGCGUCACCUCCUGUUUCUGAAGAUGUUUUACACCAAUGGAAAGGCUUUUGUGGAAUUAUUGCGAAUGCGUACUUUCUAAAAGGAAUGGCGUGGCUACCUGUGAAGAUUCUUCAAUUAGAGCAGAUGGCUGUGGCGGGUCAUGCAGAAGAACCUUCUGUUGUCGCGAGUAGAAUGAGUUUAAUAUUCAGUACCCUUGAGGUGGUUAGUCCACAAUGGCCGCGGGAGUAGUUUGACGACUGAGUUGCCUAUAUUUUGGUUACUUAAUUGUUGAAUGGCAAAACAUGUAGCUGUGAGUUAUAUGUACACAAAAACUACUGUACUUGUUUCAGAUUGUUCAUAUUAUAUGAAUGGAACUUGGAACUGCUCA